GCAUGCAGGGAAGUCGCAUUGCCUGACAGUCCGAAAAAAAAACACAAAAUCGCAGAAAUCAUAGUCAAAUUGUGCUCAGAAAGCUGUAGCAAUAACAGCCGUACGUAGAAGUUUAAAACCGUAGCUACACACACCUUAAAAGAUGAGAAAGGAGAACUGUAGCAUGAAAUCAAAGGGAGAAGCAUAGAAAACUAUGUAAGCUCCAGCUACACAAAUUAAAGCAAGGAUAGCAAGAGCAACAAUUGCGUGAGCAGCAAGAGAAGAAACGCUAAUUUAAUAUACUAAAAUGCUGCCAAAUUGAGAGCACGGGGUUAAGAAUCGAACAUUAAAUAAAGUUGCUGCUGCUAGAGGUUAUCGAGUUUCCGCGAACGUAAACGAACGCAGAGGCCGCUUCAGGGGACAUGUCCGAUCAGCAGAAGUUGUCGCUGUGUCCACGCCUGGUGGACUACAUGGCGAUUGUGGGGGCACACACGACGCCGGCUAUGCCAAAGGGUAUGCAAGGUAGCAAAGCGCCACCAGUGCAGGUGCCCGAUCUUCUGCGUCGCUAUCCACCAUCGGACCACGCGGACUUUCCUUUACCCCUGGAUAUGGUAUACUUUUGUCAGCCAGAGGGUUGUACCAGCGUGGGUCCACGCCGCACUGGCUCCGCUAUUCGUGACAUGACUUCCUUUGUGUUCGCGUUGACCGACAAGGAUUCGGGGAAAACGCGUUAUGGCAUCUGCGUGAAUUUCUACCGACCUAUUGAGCGGCCGUCAUCGGCUACGGCAGCGAGUGGAGACCGCGGCGAUGGUGGGGGCAGUGGUGGGGGGCCAGGUGGAGGUCAUACUGGCAGUGGACGCGGUCGUCGCUCGUCUGCAUUCCGACGCGAAUCAUGGCGUAAGAGCAUGGAGCGGAGCUCGGACUCGGCAUUUAGCAGCGACUACAGAAGUAACGUUGCACCUAGUGAUUCAGAUCGCGAACUAACCUCACGCCGUGAUUCCGAUCAGCAGCGUCGUUUUGGACAGAAUCCGGUCUAUCCUUCAUAUUCUGGAAACUCACCACAUCCGCCACAGCCGGUUCCAAAGCUUGGGCUGAUGGCGCCUUCGGUCGACUCCGAAUCGGGAGGGAGUCACUCGCCAUCGCCACGUGCCUCACGUAAACGCACCAAGCUGCGAAACCAAUCACUAACAUCUUUGUGCAUAAUCUCUCACCAUCCGUUUUUUACAACUUUCCGCGAGUGUCUCUUCAUACUAAAAAAACUAAUCGAUGCAUGCAAUGAAUCGUCAUCGCCAAAACGCGUGGGUGCUUCGCAGAAGCUAAACAGAGAUAAUGUGUGGACCGUGUUGGCCGGACAUGCUAGCGAAACAACACCAUCGAUUGUGCUGCACGAUGUGCGUGAGAUUGAAACCUGGAUACUGCGACUGUUAUCCACACCAGUUCCAGUGCCAGGGUCCACUCGCGUCGAGGUCGAAGUACUAUCGCCGACAGUUCAUGAGCCACUGUUGUUUGCCUUGCCUGACCACACGCGAUUCUCACUUGUGGACUUUCCUUUGCAUCUGCCGCUGGAGCUACUGGGCGUUGAGACUUGCCUCAAGGUUUGGACGCUGAUCAUGCUGGAGAACAAGGUGUUGUUUCAAUCGCGCGACUACAAUGCGCUCUCCAUGUCGGUCAUGGCAUUUGUGACUAUGUUGUAUCCGCUAGAAUACAUGUUUCCGGUUAUACCUCUGCUGCCAACAUGCCUCAGCUGUGCAGAGCAACUGCUUUUAGCCCCAACGCCAUUUGUUAUUGGAGUGCCGGCUUCGUUUCUCAUGUACAAGAAAAACUUUCGACUUCCCGAUGACAUUUGGGUGGUAGACUUGGACUCGACGAAGCUAUCGCCACCGACCGGUGGCUAUGAGGAAAUACCACCACUACCUGAGCCAGAGGGCACAAUAUUGAAGAAUCACCUUAAGCAGGCUAUGAUACUAAUGGAUGAAGCUGGACUUGGUGCGCUUACCUCGAUGACAGCAUCGAACCAAGCUGUGUCCUCACAGCAACUACUUCCCUCGGUUCGGGACAGCCUUCAGGAGCCGCCGCUUUUGGGUGUACGAAUGCCGAUGAAGACUCCGCCUCAUUCGGCACAGGCUAGCCAACGGAAUUCGGUAUCUGCCCAAGGAGGAGGAGCUUCGCGACAGCCCAGUCCCAUGAACUCUCCAGCACUUAACCCAUUUGUAUACGGUACGGAUGUUGAUUCCGUGGAUGUCGCAACGCGCGUGGCAAUGGUCCGUUUUUUUAAUGCACAGAACACACUGGCCAACUUUGCAGAACAUACGCGUACACUGCGUCUAUAUCCGAGGCCCGUGGUCGCCUUUCAGAUAAAUAGUUUUCUACGCUCGCGUCCGCGAGCUUCACAUUUUCUCAAUCAAUUCGCACGCACGCAAGCGGUGGAGUUCCUUGCUGAGUGGUCGUUGACGCCCACAAAUGUGGCAUUUCUACGCGUGCAGACCGGGGUUAUGGAUCCCACACAGGUGGGAGACAAGCCCAAGUGGUUCGCGCACUCGUUAACACCCAUACGUUUUUCUGUAUGGGACGAUGGUAGUUCGCUGAACGGCGCUCUGCGCUCGUUGAAGCAGCUCGAGUGCCAACCUACCGAUGAAAGUGGCUCUGACUCAGAGGGCGGGGACAGUUCCAGCUCCUCUUACUCCUCGUUAAGUGACUUUGUGUCGGAGAUGGCCUCUUCGGAUCUGUCGCCUAGCCUGCACGAUGUUUUCGGCUCAUACAAUCGGCCUCAUGUAGUCCCACAAACACUUUCGUCCAAUUUGGAUCCGGCGCUGGUGUACCAUCCACCAAGCAAGCUGCAAUAUCCCGAAGGCCUCGCCGAUCAAGUAGCCUCCAAGGAAGAAGGGGAACGAGCUGAGUCCCCCGCAUCGUCUUCAUCCAGUCGCUCAGAUCUUAGUUCGCCCAGCAUCAAUCGCGACUCGGAGCUCGACUUUCCGCUUAAUUCAAUGGUGCAACCAACUCAGCCUAGCCCUUUUCAGUUGACUACGCCGCUAGCUAUGCGCUUAGAAGCCACCUUAAUGGUAGUUAGCGUAGAGCCAGAUGCGGAAUCAGUGUCAUCUGCAGCGAGCAAGAUUAUUCCGGCCAGUAAAGUAGAACGUAAUUCUAGUGAACUGGAUCGGGCGGAAAAGAAAAUACCGCCGCCACUGACUCCGCCAGUCAAGCAACCCGGUGUAACUGAUAUCUUAGCGCGUACUGGCAGCUCAGGCUCCAGCUCGAGCAGUCCGGGGCGGCAAAGCUCCCAAAGUUUGCUUUUCGAGAAUUUUGCUUCGCAUGCCAAGGACUUAGUGCGUGAGACUACGCGUCAGAGCAGUCAGGAAGGCCUACUGGCUCACGUUGACAAGCAUGCACCGGAUGAAGAUCUUGAUGAAAAAAUGCGUCACACUUUUGAAAAGUUCACGCUACAUGCUAAAAAAGCGGCCGGUGAAGCUUCCAAACAGGCGCUUGAGGUGUCAAAACAGGCUGCGGGUGUUAGCAAAAACACAUUCGAAGACCUCACCUAUGUAGGUAAAUCAACAUUGGGGGAUCUGACUAAAACAGCCAAAGAAGCUGCAUCAAAAAAGGGCAUCAUCAAAAUCGAUGAAUCCUGCGCGCCGGGCAAUACGCCUGUACCUGGUACACAGCUAGCAACUACAAAGCAGGUGCAACAAAGUGGGAACAAUUUCUUUUCAUCAAUUGGCAGCGACUUUAAUGGCCUUGCUUCUUCCACUUCGACGAUGUUUUCGGGAAUGUUUGGCGGAAAAAAGAAUCAACAGAAGCACUCGCCUCCGCAGCAACAAAAACAGCAGCAGCACAAACAAACCUCAUCCAUAACUGCAAUUAAAAACAAGACGGGCAUCAAUUUCGACCCAUUUCCCAGCCGGAAGGGUCUAGUUGAACGCACGCCUCUUAUCAAGCACUCCGGUCCGCGUCAGACACAGGAGGACCUAACGCGUCAGCAGAAUCAAGAACGUUCGCACAGCAAUGCUGAGAACCAGACUUUCCUUAAGGAUGUCACUAAUCAGGUGCUGGCAGGCGAAGGUGUGGGCUGGUUAAAGCUAAAUCGUUUUAAAAAGCUUAUGGAGGACGAGUCUUAUCGCACUCUUGUCCUCAGCAAGCUAAACAAGACGUUGGACAAAAAAAUUGCACCAGACGAUCAUAUUGACGAUGUGUGCGUUACGAAACCCGUAUGGAAAGGAAUGCUUAAGUGCGUCCAGGCUAUUGCUGGAGGCUUAGAUGUAACCUUUACCAAUUUUGGCUUGGGUGGUAUGGCUUCCGUUUUUCAACUUAUGGAGGUAGCGCACACACAUUACUGGAGCAAAGAGAUCAACGAUGGCAGCGAUAUGUCAUCCAGCCUGAUGUCUAGCCAUGCAGCUAGUCCCAUGGGAAGUCGUGAGAAUCUACGCUCUCCUUCCAGCCCAAACGAUUCCCAUUCAGGCGUGGGUAACGAAUGGGCUUCACCUCAGGAGUCGCGCAAAAGCUCUACGCACACGGAACGUGCAGGUCCACCAGCUUCAGGCUUGGCAGCAGCACGUCGCCUUUCUUCAGCUGAUAGCCAGGAUGGACAGUCUACUACAGAUAUGUUCAAGGAUAUGUUGUCACAGAAAAGAAGUGCCUUGAAAAAUAUGCUGACGUCCUUCGAUUCAGAUGCUGCUGGCUCUACGGGCGCGCUCUCCGUGGUCAGUGAUCUACUGCCGGCUGGCAGUCUCAGCAUGCGCAUGCCCACCAGCUGCCGCUCGACAGUUUCAGAUACAGAAUACGAAAAUACUACUACCUCAAAGGACUCAAAAAAGAGCAGCGGCAACCUGUGGUCUGGCAAAUCUACUCUAAGUGCUGGCUUCCGUUAUACUGGCGGCCAUUUAAUAAAUACAUCUUCGUCGCCAUCGCCAGAUAGUCCGCGCGUUUAUAUAUUCGAGGGCUUGCUAGGCAAGGAUCGAUUAAAUCUGUGGAAUCAAAUGCAAUUCUGGGAAGAUGCGUUUCUCGAUGCCGUGAGUCAGGAACGUGAUAUGAUUGGCAUGGAUCAGGGUCCCAUUGAAAUGAUGGAACGCUACAAGUCCUUAAGUGAAUCGGAACGCAAGAGACUAGAGCAUGAUGAGGAUCGCUUACUGUCUACUAUGCUAUACAAUUUAACAGCCAUCUUAGUAAUGCUUAAUGUGAACAAGGAUGAGAUACGUCGAAAGAUCCGUCGUCUUCUGGGAAAGAGUCACAUUGGCCUCGUUUACUCUCAAGAGGUUCACAAUGUGGUGGAUCAGAUCAACAAUCUGAACGGUAACGACAUCGAUUUGAAACCCUUGGGCUCACGACUUCUGCAUCGCCAGAGCUUUACGGUACAUCAGGGCACUGAUGUGAAUGGGCCGCUGCGUUUUAUGGAAGUACGCGACGAUGGAUUGAUUCUUCGUUCCGUUGAUGGUACUAUUGUGGAGCGGUGGUGGUAUGAACGUCUAGUGAACAUGACCUAUUCGCCCAAGACCAAGCUUCUAUGUUUGUGGCGGCGCAAUGGUGGACAAACACAGCUGCACAAAUAUUAUACCCGCAAGUGCAAAGAGCUGUAUAAUUGUAUUAAGGAGGCUAUGGAGCGUGGUGGAACGCCCACAAAUGUGCCCGAGCUGGGCGGGGAGUUUCCCGUACAGGACAUGAAUACGGGCGAGGGUGGUCUUCUCCAGGUCUGUCUUGAGGGUGUCGGUUUGUUGUUCUCAAACAGUAAGGAUUUCGAGUUCUUCGUGCGUUUGGAUCAUAUACGCAAGUGCUUCACGCAAAAAGGCGGCAUAUUCGUACUGGAGGAAUACAAUCCAAAAACACGAAACCUUAUACAGCGGAAAUACCAGUCGAGUAUGUCCGAUCAAAUAUGCUACUCGGUACUCUGCGUCUUCUCGUAUGUUGCUGCUGGACAAGACCAAAAGAAGAAUCCGGUGGUCAUCACGCCUCAAAUCCAGGACAUUCAUGCUCAGCAGAAGCAGCAGCACGCUCAGCAAAAGCAACAGCUCGCAACUCAGGAUCAGGCCCAGUCCCAAUCGCAUUCACCACAAACAUCCAGCGCUGCACGUGCUCCAUCAACAGCAGCAGCAGCAACAGCAAUAGUAACAGUAACAACAGCUCCUAGCACGACCACAAUCAGCGGAAAAUAUCAGCAAACUGUCACCAUACGUCAUACGCUUCCCAUGCAAAAGCCCACUAUCACCAUGUCCACUGUGCAACCACUCGCCAAGCUCCCUGGCACAGCGUCAAUAACGACUACAAUGGAAACAGCAUCUUCAAACGCUCGCGGUAUCAGUGGGCAAUUACCACAGCUCCCGCCACGCAUUCCCUCACAGCCCUCAACCGAAAGCCUGGUUACCUCGCCCUCGCCCUCGCCUACGCCCACACCACCACCUUCAAUCACGCCCAAGGCGCGCGUCCCUCCUCCUGGCCCGCCACCGGCUAUACCACCCCGCACUGGAGCCAUUGCGCGCAGUGGCUCGGUUCAGGUGCAGUCGUCGUUGGGUCGGGGUAGUGGUGCGGUUGCCACUCGCAGCUUCGUGCGUCAGGCGUCUGCAAAUUCGACGCCACCGCAAUACACGCCUCAGCCGCCGCCACCGUUCGUCAUACCCAAGCGACACAACGCACUGGUGCGGGCCUCAACCGUAACGGCAGCACCGUCGCCGGGCAACGCCCACCACCAUAACCCAUCCCAGUCGCCGCAGCAGUCGCAGCCGCAGCAUCAGCGCAGCAGUUACGGAAGCGUAACGUCGCCCGUUCACUCGAACACAACCUUGGUGCAGAAGCACCACAACCACUGACGAAGAAGUUCCUUUUUUAAGUUUAGUGGUGGGAACGAUGGUGGCGGUGGUGGCGGUGGCCGCUCAGGAGAUGAACCGAAUCCCCGUGAAGUUUGUCGCACCAUUUGCAUGCCAUGGCUGUGAGAGCAGACAGAGAAGCUUGGUUUACCUUGAGCCCAAUACAAUAGAUAUGUAUGUAUGCAUAUGUACAUACAUAUACCUAUCAACACACAAAUGUUAGUAAGCUUAUGCAAAAUAACUGUAUUAUACUAUGCUAACCAAAUCAUAUCAUGUCAUUGACAAAUUGUAAAAUUGUUUCCUGCUUAGCUUUAAAAUGACGGCCGUACAUUGUGGCGCCUCAUUUAUUUACUAACUACCAUGGUUCGCAAUCUGCUCAAUUUUAUACUCUUCUCAUGAGCAACUCUGACGUGAGCAAAUUGAACAGCUCCAACUCGUAAGGAAGUUGUGAACAAUUGCAGCAUUUUGGUUAAAAGGACAAAUUGCUCCGUAAUCGGGGCUGCUCAUGAGCCGGAGCAUAAGAAAUGAACAUUCAUUGCAAGUUCGAAUUGUUAACUACACUGACUAUACUUUAAUCAACCAAGUGAUGUUGAGCUUGAGCCGCUUGUGUGAAAUUCCUUGGCCCAUUUCCCAGGAAAGGCAGGCACAGCUAACAACAAAUAUGAAUAGAGGAAAAUGGAAAUCUAGGUGGGGAAUGCAACAAACGCAGGAAAUAAAACAAAGUAUGUAACCUGAAAUAUCGCCUACUAAUUAUAAUAUAUCUAAUACGAAUAAUAAUAUUGUAAAGUUUGUUUAGUUUACAUAACCUACCAAUUAAUGAAUGUUUAACCCAAGCAACUUGUAACCUGGGAUGAGAUUCGUGAGCAGUAGUUAUGUGAUUUUUCAAGAGGUAAGACCACAUCUUUGGAGGAAGAGCCGGCAAAAGGUUACCAUAACACUUUCAUUCCUAAACAGUGAUCAUUGAUCAUACAAUUUCAUUGACUGUUAAUCUUACCAAAAAUAGUAGAUAUUUUGAUGAAAAUGUGAAUGGAAAGUAAAAAUGGUUGCUUCUCACCAUUCCACGUAUUGCUUAGUGUAUACUCUUUUCGAAAUCCUUCUAGUGAAACAUUCGUGACUUGCUGUGUCAUCAUAUACCCAGAUGAUCAUUAUAUUGGUAAAUGUUUCCAUAUUCGAAAAACCAUUCUACUGUUCAGUUUCGAAAGAGUAUAAAGGAGCACAAAGUCCAAGGAUAGCCAAAAUUAAGCACAGUUACCGAUAUUGGUUUUGCAUAAUCUGAUCGAAUUUGGAAAGAUUGAAAUGGCUGAAUAUGAAUAUUAAAAGUAGAAAUCUAGUUUCUGAGCGACUCGUCCGAGUUAUGCAGGCAAGUAAAUAUAGUAAUACAUACAUGGAUAGUCAAUAAUUUAAAACUCAUUGAAAACAACAAUAAACUCAAAUAAGCAAUUUGUAGAAUAGAUAAUUAAAAGAGUGUUAAGUGAAGAGUUUUCUGUGAUGGCAUGCUAAGGUAAUGGUUGCUCGGAAAUUACACGGCUCUGUUCCAUGAUCGAUUGUGUUGGCAGUGGUCGGUAAAUAGCGACCAAGUGCCCCGUUGGCAGACUGCUGCUCAUGAAUCUUGCCGGUCAUACUAUCUUUGUUGCCGUUGUUGGUAUAUCUAGGUUUGUUUUACCUAUAGCGCUUAAGGAAUUGGCAGGGAACACCAACGCAGUUGACAGUUGGGCAGCAAUAUAUAGUAUAUGAAUGUAUUUAUAUAUGUAAUCCAGCUAUUACAUGUUGGCAUGUAGGUAUGCGCGUGUAUGUACAAAUAUGUAUGUACCAUAUGUAAAUUGUAUUUUUAUACCCUUCUCUGGCAACGGACGACCCCAAAUCGCUAUACCUGUCCGUCUAUCUGUCCGCCUGUUUAUGUCAAUUAUUACUCCUCCCACAGCUUUAGAGACAUCGCGUUGAAUCUUCGCAUCGAGGCGCCAUUUCGAUGGAGACAAAUAAUAAACCAGAUCACAAUAUCAUAGCCGCCAAUUAUUUCUAUAUUAAAGUAUUACGUAUUGAAUGAUGUAGUUGAUUUAAAAACCUAUCAGAUCUAUGUCUUGCUGCACUAACGACUUUGAAUAACAAAACGAAAAAACUACCAAGUGUAUCAAUCAUGUACGAGUAUGUUUGCAGCAUACUACAAUAGCAUGCAGGAAUAAAGUUCUUGUUCUGAGGUCAGCGAAGGGUAUAUAGCUUCGGCGCAGACGAAGGUAACUUCUUAGCUCGUUAUUGUUAAAGCUCUGUGCCCAGGGCGAUUAAUCGAUGGGUCGCAAAUUUAUAUAUGUACAUUGUGAUCCAUGAUUCGAGACCAUUAUUAUAUCCGAGGCACCAACCAAUUAAUAAAUAAACAAACUAUUUGCGAUCUACAUGUACUCGUAUGCCCAUACCCAUAUUACCUAUUUUAAUAAAUUGUAUUUUCCAUAGUUCCAGAACCUAACACAAUAAAUGACACGAUAUGUUA